UAGAUUAAAAGAAGUGAGAGAGACUACAUCAUAUAAUAUGAUUAUUAAAUAAAUAGUGUAAAUAGUCAGGGUGAGUCUGUACCUGCAGUUCCCUCUCCCGAUGGCCGGGCGGCAGCAGUGAGCGCGUGUCCGCUUGCGGAAGCGCUCUUCCGCGUCUCUCUCUCCGGUUCCGGCAGGCUGCAGGCUCGCGCUCGGGGUAAUUGAUCGGGUUGAUCGGCUGAUUUCUGGGUAAUCGAUUGGUCUGAUCGGAGAUGAAGGUGCUGCCGGUAACGCUGCUGCUGCUGCUCGCGCUGCUGCUGCAGGCGGAGGGGGGGAGGAGCCGCCGGGAGAACAGCGGCAGCGGCGGGAACAGCCUGCGGAGAGCAGCCAGCGCCGUGUACCAGACCCUCAGCAGCGCGCUGGGCGAGGACAGCAUGAGGACCCUGCACAAGUUCUUCUCUAAGACCACAGAGAGGUUUGUGCAUGGCGUGGACUCUUUCCUGGACACCGUGUGGAAGCUCUGGACGGAUCUGCUGGAUGUGAUGGGGAUCGAUGCCUCGAACCUGACCCACUACUUCAGCCCGGCCUCCGUGUCCAGUUCCCCGGCCAGGGCCCUCCUGCUGGUGGCCGCUGUUCUGGUGGCCUACUGGUUCCUGUCUCUGUUCCUGGGCGGUUUCUUCUACCUGCUGCACGCCGUGUUCGGACGCUUCUUCUGGCUGGCCCGGGUGACUCUGUUCGCCCUGUCCUGCCUCUACAUCCUGCAGAAGUUCGAGGGCGACCCGGAGCGGGCGGUGCUGCCGCUGUGCUUCAUCAUGGCGGUGUAUUUCAUGACUGGCCCUGUGGGGGCGUACUGGCGCAAAGGCAGCAACCCCAACACCCUGGAGGAGAAAAUCGACCACCUGGACACCCAGAUCCGCCUGCUCAACAUCCGCCUCAGCAGAGUCAUCGACAGCCUGGAGCGCUCCAGCGACCAAUGAGAGCGCGGGACUCUGCCUGGAGGCGGGGCCCACUGUGGUAGGGGGGUGGGGUCAGAGCGGGAAACUUGUUGGAAGUGGUGGGAAUGGAAAAAGACGUAAAAAAAAAAAAAAAAGGGUUAGAAAUGGACAAAAACGGAGAGAAACAAGAUUUUUCACAGAAACAGAAAACAUCUUUUUUUUUAUUUCAUACAUUUGAAUUGAAUUUUUAUACAUUUUAAUAUUUAUUAUUUUUUGUUAUUUAUAUUUAAACCACUCCCCUAUUUAUCUAGUAUAAGACAAAAUUACUCUACAAAGCUUUGCUAAAAAUGUGGUUUCUUUGUUAAUAAUUGACAAAGAAAUAUGAUUAUGUUGUAAAGAGCUAAAAUUAGAAACAAAAAUAUGUGGUUUUGUCUUACUUGAAAAUAUAUGAUUGAAUUGUUAAUAACAUUUUAAUUUUGAUCUGAUUAUGCUUCAUAGACCACAAAAUAACAAAGAAAAUAUUUUGGGUUGUUUUUAAAUUAGAAACCAAUAAAUUACAGUAAAAUGAAAAUUAACUUCAAAAAACUACUUUAAAUUGUGAUAAAAAAAUAGAAAUAUGUAAAAUUAACACAAAUAACAUGGAAUAUAGGCUAGCGUUCUGUAAUCCUACAGAUUAGCCUAAAAUUAAAUAAAAUCAUAUUAUAAAUAUUCAAUAAAAGUAUUACAAAAUAAUAAUAAUUGGUUGUAAUUAUUAAUUAUAAAUUUUUAUGACUCUAUUAUGAUUUUUUUUUUUAAUCUUUAUUCUGUGAAAAAUGUUUUCCUUUUCUAAUCUCUCUUGGUUUGAGACUUUAUCCAAAUCUCAAAUGCCUUCCUACUCCCUACAUAGUGUGCACUACAUAGAUCAUGUAAAUAGUGGCUUCCUGUAUUCUGAAUUAAUACAUUUUACGUCACUAACAGUGAGUCUUUAGAUAUUGAGCCACAUGUAUUGGACACAGAGUGUAUUAAUUGGGUGCAAAUCCUUAAAAAUGUAACAUCCUUCAUUACAGUCUAUUAAUGUGCACUACGUAGGGGAGAAGUAGGGAGCCGUUUGAGAUUCGGAACUUUUAGGAUUUAAGAACAGGAUGAUGUUUAAUUUUUAGCCGUCCCAUUCUCCUCAGGGUGAGGCGGAGUCGUUAUUGUUGCAGCUAACGCAGAGAUGAUAUUUAUUUGAUAUUUACAAAAAAAAAAUAAUAAUAAUAAUAAUUAAAAUAAUUUAUGAUCAUUCCCUUUUUAAAAACUAAAAGUAAGUUAUGGAAGUUUUAGGGAGUGUACAGGCACUGUAUGAUAUUUUAAAUUCAGUAAAACACUCAUAUAUAUAUAAUAGCGGACAGAGUGAUAUUAGUGAAUUAUUACUGUAUUAUUAUUAUUAUUACUGUAGAAGAUCAGUAGAGCUACUUUCUUACACUGAUACCAUUCCGUUGUAGCGAUAGAUCCCUUCUGGUGAAUGUCAGGACUUUUAUUUUUUAAUUUAUACUGUGUGUGGGAGUGUGUGUGUGUGUACUAAAUUAGUAUUAAAGAGAAUAAACAAAAUAAAAUCCUCAAAAUACAUAUACACAGUACAGAUAAUUUAAUAUUUAAAAUAAAUCGAAAUAGCCUGACUGCCUUUAAUUUUUACAUUUAAGUUAAUUCUAAUUAAGAAAUGCAUUUGAAGUUGAGGAAUGUACAUUUUAAGGCAGUUGUGUUUCUUGCUUUUAAAGUAAAAGUACUUUCUUUUUUUUAUCUCAGAUGUAGUUUUUAUCAGCUAAAAAUUGUUAGUUUUUAGCUUUUAGCAUUUAGCUUCUUUAGUUAUCAAGCGAAGUUCUCCUAAAUGACCUGAACUACAUCCAGCUCUUCUUUAAGGUGCCCUUUAAAAAAUAAGUAUUAGUGUGAUUUGGGACGCAGACAUACUGUAAGUAGGGCUCUAUGAUUUCCAUGAUGUGAAAAACAAGGAUAAAACUAGUGAAUCAGGUCAUAAAAGCAGAUUUUAGAUGCAUGGAACCGAUAUUCCAUUUAAAAAAACGUAUAUAUGUUUAACGAAACGCAUGAUUUUGUAUGAGCUUGCGUACAUGCGUCCCCAAUUUGAUGCGGGUAUAUUUCACUCAGUUUUUAAAUGGUGUGCAUCAAAGCUAGUUCUUUGUGCUGGUUCUGCCUUCUUGUAGAGAUCUGCUAAAAUAAUAAAAAAAAGCUUUUUCUGCAAGCGUAUAAACUUUUAUAAAUAUUUUAGUCUUAUUUUAAUGACCAAUACAAGUGAAUAACAAGAAAUACAUUGAUGUUUAGCAUUUGUUAGUAUGCAAAAUAUUGAAAAUUAAAAAACAGAAAUUGGGGAAAAAUAUAACAUUUACUUAUUAGGGUCCUAGGUGAUGUAGUCUGUUGCAGAUCACAUUGUCUGUGCCACUAAAAAUUAAAAAGAGCUGGAUAUGGUUGGAGCAGGUUAAAAUAAAUGUUUUUGGCAUGAAUUUUCAGAUACAAUAUGGGUAAUUAUUGACGUCUCACACUGUGACUGAUUGACUACAUCUGAGAUAGAAGAAAAGUUAUUCGCUGAACCAUUGCCUGUUAAAAUGUUGAAUUUUAACUAAAAGCAGUGUAUUUGUAUUUAUACUGAUGAAGUCAUAUCAUGUGUGUGCACUGAAGAGACGAGCGUAACUCAGAAAACGUCCUAUAAAUGAAGAAAUCCGUUCCGUAAUGAAUUGGCAUGUAAAUACUCAGGGAACACGUGAAGUUCAACCACUAUCUAUCUAUCUAUCUAUCUAUCUAUCUAUCUAUCUGUCUGUCUGUCUGUCUGUCUGUCUGUCUGUCUGUCUGUCUAUCUGUCUAUCUGUCUAUCUAUCUGUCUGUCUGUCUGUCUGUCUGUCUGUCUGUCUGUCUGUCUGUCUGUCUAUCUAUCUAUCUAUCUAUCUAUCUAUCUAUCUAUCUAUCUAUCUAUCUAUCUAUCUAUCUAUCUAUCUAUCUAUCAGUCCAUCCAUUGCUAAAGCUGAUUUCACCUCACCGACUCCAUUUACCAAGGUCACCUCCGUCUUUAUUUGGGUCAAGCCGUCUGUGUGGAAAGCAGUUCCGUUAUCAGCUAAGCUGGACCGUUUCCAGAGUCCCUGGCACAGCAUUAUCUACAGUACCACACUGGCACCGGCCCACAUUAAAGCGAUAGUUUGAAUCACUAAUCAGCCAUAGCAUUUAAAACCACCACUGCCAGCUAAAGUGAGUAAUAUUGCUUAUCUGGUUCAAAUGGCACCAACUGUGAAGAGGUGAGAUCUGUGAAAUUAGAUGUUCUGGGUUGAAUACGUCAGAAUAUCUCUAGAACAUCAGGCAGGUCUCUUGUGGGCUGUUUCAGGUUCAAAGUGGUCACCAAAUUAGCAUGCUGGUAAACAGACUUGUUUGAAAUCGCUAAAUUGCUAAUGGCUUUUUAGAAAACUCGCUAAUGUGGUGUUAGCAUGUCGGAAAACAAGCUUGUUCAAAAUCGCUAAUGCGGUGUUAGCAUGGCUUGUUCCAAACUCACUAAAUUGCUAAUGGCUUGUUACAAAUUACUAAUGCAGUGUUAGCAAGCCUAUGACCAGGCUUGUUCGAAAUCGCUAAUAAUAUUGUUCCAAAAUUACUAAAUUGCUAUUGGCUUGUUCGAAAUCGCUAAUGCGGUGUUAGCAUGCCGGAAAACAGGCUUGUUCAAAAUCGCUAAUGCGGUGUUAGCAUGCAGAAAAAAAAAAGGCUUAUUCAAAAUCACUAAUACGUUGUUAGCAUGGCUUGUACCAAACUGACUAAAUUGCUAAUGGCUUGUUACAAAUUGCUAAUGUGGUGUUAGCAAGCCUAUGACCAGGCUUGUUCGAAAUCGCUAAUGAGGUGUUAGCAUGGCAGAAACCAGGCUUGUUCCAAAUUGCUAAUGUGGUAUUAGCAUCCUGGCAACCAAGCUUGUUUGAAAUCGCUAAUGCUGUGUUAGCAUGCUGGUGAACAGGCUUGUUCGAAAUCCCUAAUGUGGUGUUAGCAUGGCUUGUUCCAAAGUCACUAAAUUGCUAAUGGUUUGUUAGAAAUCGCUAAUGCAAUGUUAGCAGGCUGGUGACCAGGCUUGUUCCAAGUGGCUAAUGUAGUGUUAGCAUGCGAUGUUAGCAUGCUGCUGAACAGGCUUGUUCCAAAUCACUAAUGUUGUGUUAGCGUGUCUGUGAACAGGCUUGUUCAAAAUCGCUAAUGCGGUGUUAGCAUGGCUUGUUCCAAAAUCAUUAAAUCGCAAAUCGCUUGUUCGAAGUCACUAAUGCAAUGUUAGCAUACUGCUAAACCAAAUGGCUAAUGCGGUGUUAGCAUGCUGCUGAACAGGCAUAUUUCAAAUCGCUAAUGCGGUGUUAGCAUGGCUUUUUCCAAAAUCAAUAAAUUGCUAAUGGUUUGUUCAAACUUGUUAAUUUUGUGUUAGCAUGCCGGUGACCAGGCUUGUCUCAAAUUGCUAAUGCUGUGUUAGCAUGGCUUGUUCCAAAAUCACUAAAUUGCUAACGGCUUGUUCCAAAUCGCUUAUGUGGUAUUAGCAUGUCAGUAACUAGCCUUUCCAACUUUCCUUAUGCGUCAUUUACAUGUCAAUGACCAGGCUAUCACACAUUGCAGCUAAUGGGAUGUUAGCAUGCUGGCAACCAGGCUAUACUACAUUGCUAACGCACCAUUAGUAUGCCGUUGACUAGGCUAUCCUCCGUUGCAGGUAAUUUGUUCCAAGUCGCUAAGGUGCUGUUAGCAUCCCGGCACUUGGCUUGUUCUAUAUCUAUAAUGCACCUUUAGCAUGCUGGCUACUGGCAAUAGUAUUUGGACUCCUUCUCUCUUGUGGAGUCUAUAAUAUGACGGAUCAGAGCUUUAGAUGGAUUUUGAUGGUGUUUUGAGAAUAUACACAACGUUAGGCAGGUGUUUUUAAUGUUAUGGCUGAGUGGUGUUUAAGGUUACUGUUAACAAUGCUAAUAUUUGUACUGCAGUCCAUGUACUAGAUUACCAACUUGUGUUAAGGGAAGGAUGAUGCUAAUGCUAACUUCUGUGCAAAGACUACUGAAGCGAAAGUUUACUGAAGUCUAGGGUGAUCGACUGAGGUAAAAAAUGUGGAAACUAUCGCUUUGAACACGCCUCUCUGUAUUUUCUGUCCUUUAAUUUUAAUAUUUCACACAAUUUAGGCGAUAAAAAAAGGAAAUUUCCCAUUUUUAAUACAAAUAAUAAUGUUAGUAGGUAGCAUGCAGUUCCAUUGGGUAAUAUUCUCAUACGUUUAUACUGUAUGAGGAAAUAUUUAAGGGUCCAAAUGAUCAAAUAUGCUUGAAUAUUUAAUAGGUUGAUUAAAAGAGUGUUUGCUUAGUGAAGAACUUUGUUAAAUGGGACCUUCACUCUGUGUGGAAGGGCAGAUGAUUGCCAUUCAUUUUAAUGGUGUACUUUGGUGCAAAAUCAAUUGUAGACAAUUUUGUUUCUUCCCAAUAAAUUUUGCCAAGUUUGCUAACAAAUGGGCAAAGCCUUUUUUAGCAUAGCUAAAAACUGUGGCUUGUAGCUUCAGUGCUAAAACUAAAGAAUGUGUCAGUCAAUUAUUCAGCCGUAAAAAAAUGUGGUUUUAAAUCUUCUUUUCCUUAAAAAAACAACAAAACUAAAAUAAGUUAAGGCUUAUUACCCUAUGCAGUUCUAAAAAGUGGCAAAAUUAAUAAAAAAUUUGUUUGGUUCAAUUUUAGCUAGAAAUAUUCAAUAUUCAGUUCAUCCCUUUUAAAUGUGUCUACAUUUGAAUUUUUGCAUCAAACAAUUCCUUUAAACAUAUAACUUUUUAUGGUCCCUGCAGUCUGCCAUCUCCACUAGUCAUGGCACACAUAUUUAUUUACAAUUUUUUAAUUGCAUGUAUCUACCUGCAUUUUUUUUAAAUUAUAAAAUUCAGUGAUUUAUAUUUUUUUGCUUAUCCUUUAAACUGUUCCAGUUGUUGGUCAGUGAUUGUUUAUUCUAUUAUUGCUUCUUCUUUUUUAAUUAAUUGUUAAACAUAUUGUUUGUUGAAGGUUUAUAAUCACUGUAAUAUGUCUGUAUGAGUUUAAUUUGUGACAGAUGAAGUAUUGUAAAUGGUCAGUAUUUAAGUAGGAGUGCACCGAUACUGUUUGAUUACUGUUGUAUUAAGACUAAUGAUAAUUGUUAAUUACAUUGUUGGUCAUUGUAGGAGUUUCAUAUUGUUUUCCGUAUUAUAUAGCCCUAUCCGGAUGAGAAUAGUUUCUCAGGGGAACGUAUGUGAAAAAUAUUUUACACUUCUACUCAGUGAUAAAACUUUUGCAUCCGCAUCGCAAUUGAAAAAAAGAAGGAGUUUUUAGGUUUUCUCGGUCACAUGACAUCGCGUUCAGUAGCUCCUCCAUUUCCUCUCGCUGUUGUGUUUUAUACAUGGAUCUCUGUGGAAAUGUGCACACAAAGUGUAGUUACGGUGCGCUACAGUGGACAAAUAGCUAUUUUAUUAAAUGCAAGGUGAUGAAACUCAGAGAUGUGAGUCCAGGCAGGACUAAAAUUACCAGAGGACCACGGAGGAUGUCUGAGAAAAAUACGUACAUGGUCGUUCUGGAUGGAAAUAAAAACACAAAGGACCCCCAAUAAAAGAGAAAAUGACCCCAGAACCCCCUGAGAAACGAAUCUUGUCCGGAUAGGGCUUAUAAACCUGUUUGUUCAGGAUCGUAAUACUGAUACUACCUAUUAUCUGUGCACUCCUAUGUCAUGUACAUUAAUGUGUCAUUUUGUGACGUUUAGUACAUUUUAUAUUUUGCAUUUCUAAAAGUUUGAGAUAAUGAUGAGAUGUUGACUUGUGUUGUGUAUUUGCACUUUGUGUGUAAUGGAACAUCUGGCAUUGCUUUUUAAAUUGAUUUUCUGUUUGCAGCAUUUCUCUACUGCAUUUUAUCCCUGUGAGUUUUUGUUUUCUUGUCUGAAAUAUAGCGUAAAAGGUUAAGUCGGAUUACAUAUGGAACAAUUAAGGGAAUUUUUUUGGAUGCAUUUUUCUGUGUUUACUAUAUUUCAGUGGUGUAGCUUUUUACAAGAAAUUGCAUUUAGCGACAAAACAUCCACAGUUUAAUGCUUUUUAAAGCUUUAUACCUCGCUGCACUAGGCUACAUCACUGCAAUAUCGGGACAUAAAGCUGAAAAAAUAAAAAUAAAUCAAAUCGGGGUCCAAAGAGUAACCUGACUCAAGUGAUUAAGCAAUAACUCAUUAAUCAGAAUUAAAAAGCAAAUUUACACAAGUUUCCAACAUUAUCAAUGCUCUAGCUAGCUAGCUAGUUAGCUAACAUUUGUUCAUGUUUUAGAUAAUAGUGCCUAAAGCACAGAAGAUAUUAUUGAAUAAAAAUAUGUGGUUUGUGUGAAAAUUGAGCUAGCAACGUAUUAUGCCUUGGCUAAACAACUGCAUUUGUGAGAAUGUACCUCACAUUUGAUAGCUAUUUAGCUGCAUUAGCCUCAUGGAACCAUUAUGUCUUGCAGUAACAUUUGUGGGAUAAUUUAGCUAGCUGUUUUAGCUAACUGGCUAACUGUGUUGCAUGUAUGAUAGCUAACUUAGCUACUUAGCUAUUUUUACCCUGACAUUUGUUGGCUAGCUAUGUGCAUUUUCGCAUUAGCAUUGGUAUUCCCUGGCUAAACAAAUGUGUUUGUGGAUUACUUUGGCUAGUUUAGCUGUUCUAGUUAUCUUAUUUUACCACACAUUUGUUAGCUAGCUAGUUGCAUUAGCAUUAGCAUUCCUUGGCCGAACAAUUGUAUUUGUGUGGUAUUUUAGCUAGGUUAGCUGUUCUAGUAAGCUAGCUAAAUUUACCUCACAUUUGUCUGGUAGCUAGCUGCAUUAGCAUUGUUAUUUCUUAGCUGAACAACUGCAUUUGUGUGAUAAUUAAGCUAGGUUAUCUGUUCUAGUUAACUCGCUAAUUUUACCUCACAUUUUUCACCUAGCUAGCUGCAUUAGCAUUGGCAUUCUUUGGCUAAACAACUGUAUUUGUGUGAUAAUUUAGCUAGGUUAGCUGUUCUAGUUAGCUAGUUAAAUUUACCUCACAUUUGUCAGGUAGCUAGCUGCAUUCCUUGGCCGAACAAUUGUAUUUGUGUGGUAUUUUAGCUAGGUUAGCUGUUCUAGUAAGCUAGCUAAAUUUACCUCACAUUUGUCAGGUAGCUAGCUGCAUUAGCAUUGUUAUUUCUUAGCUGAACAACUGCAUUUGUGUGAUAAUUUAGCUAGGUUAUCUGUUCUAGUUAACUUGCUAAUUUUACCUCACAUUUGACACCUAGCUAGCUGCAUUAGCAUUGGCAUUCUUUUGCCAAACAACUGUAUUUGUGUGAUAAUUUAGCUAGGUUAGCUGUUCUAGUUAGCUAGCUAAAUUUACUUACAUUUUUCAGUGAGCUAGAUGCAUUAGCACAUUAGCAUUGGUAUUCAUUGGCUGAACAACUGCAUUUGUGGGAUAGUUAAGCUUGGUUAGCUCCUCUAGUUAGCUCAGAUCUGUUAGCUAUCUAGCUACAAUAGCCUCAUAGCACCAUUGCGUGUUGCUGCAACAUCAUUUGUGUGGGAAUUUAGCUAAGCUAGCUGGCUAACUGUGUUGUAUGGAUGAAAGCUAACGUUAUAUACCUAACUAGCUAACUUUACCUCACUUUUGUUAGCGAGUUAGCUAGGUUACAUUAACCAUAUAGCUCCAUUAAAUCUUGCAGCAAUGUUAUGCCUUGGCUGAAAAUAAGUGAUCAGUGGGAAACUUAUAAAUUUGCUUUUUGUUACAUUAUUAUCAUUGCCAAAACAUUUAUAUUUCCCAAUCAAAAUCUGGCUUAAUCCCAGCAAAGAGCCACAGAUUUUUACUGUGAGGCAGUUCAUCCCAUCUACUGUCCAUUGUUACCUCCAUCUACAUUGACUAACUGUGCCAGUGCCAAAUGCUAAACGCUGUCUGUGACUGAAUGUAAAUGGUUUUUGGAUUUUUCCAGAAAGAAUCUUAGUGAAGUUUAAAAUGACUGUAGUGUGUUUUGUCGAUGUGACUGCAUAGACUGGUUCUAGAUCAGGUUUAGGUUUUGUACUGUAUUUUAUUUUAAUCCUCAUAUACUGUCAUGCCUGCUGUCGGCUUCUUUUGCUGUAAAGAUCGCGUGUUCUGAUUAAAGAUACUUUCUUUGAGACAA